AUGGUUUCAAAAUCAACCCUACCAAUCGACAUUUUCCCAACCUGGGCACGCUUGAAUGAUGUGGAAUUUACCAACGCCAGAUUGCAAGAGACGGAUGGAAAGGGAAUUGGCUUAGUGGCCACCAACAACUUGACAGCAAGUGCAGAAACUUGGGGACGUGAAGGAGCAGAGGACAGACCAGAGAAAGAGGGCCAAGUUUGCAAUUCAGAUGGAGAAAAGGGCGAGAGAGCUAGGGUAGAGACUCAUGGUCAUGCCAACAACCGCCUAAAAAAGAUACUACAGGUUCCUCAUGAUUUGAUCCUUUCAACCGCUUCCAUCGAAGAGUAUGCCAAGGUCGACCAAAACUUUCGUCAACUGCUGGAAUCUGCAGGACAUCAGGCCCGCUGGGAGCGUGCACUAACAACCGCUGACUGUUCCUCAUCAAAGUCGACCCGAGCAGAUAUUAUGAUGUAUCUCUUGGCACAUCUAGUUCUCUCCAGCCGAGAUAAUUCGAGCCCGAGAGACAUUGUGCCAACGCCAUGGACCGAGUACCUGAAGUUUCUGCCUCGUGAUAUCCCAGUCCCAACAAUGUGGUCGGAACUUGAGCGAGCUCUGCUCCAGGGCACUUCGCUAGAGGCUGCACUGGACGCUAAGCUAUCAGCUCUGAACAAGGAGUUUGAUGAACUCAUCGAAAGAUCAUCAGCUCUUCCGUUUUGGAACUCGUUCUUUUGGGGGGCAGAAGCGGUGACUAUUAGCGAUUGGGUAUUAGUUGACGCGUGGUACAGAUCUCGGUGUCUGGAACUACCGAAGUCUGGGCACGCGAUGGUUCCUGUCCUUGACAUGGCCAAUCAUUCGCACUCCCAAACUGCCUACUAUGACGAAGACGAUGAAGACAACAUUGUCUUACUCUAUCGGCCUGGUAUGGAAAUAUCUAUUGGAGACGAAGUGAAUAUAUCCUACGGAGAAAAGUCGCCUGCAGAAAUGAUUUUCAGCUAUGGGUUUAUUGAUCCCGAGUCCAAUGUAGAGGAACUGAGUCUACCUUUGGAGUCUUUGGCCGAUGAUCCAUUAGCAAAAGCGAAACUCCACAUUUUUCGAGGAUCGCCAACUCUUAAGCUAUCUCGAUCAGAUGGGGAAAUAAGCUGGCAAUGUCCCUUCGCCUACUUGAUGUGUCUGAAUGAGGAGGAUGGUCUUGAGUUCAGGGUCCUCCAAGGAACAAACGGAGACCGGGAGCUAAGGCUUUUCUGGCAGGAAGAAGAUGCCACGGCUCGAGCGAAUGAUUUUGAAGAUCUCAUCAAGGACCACCCCCUCUGUCAGAUCUUUAGGCUUCGAGCUGUUUCGGUCUUGCACGAAGUCGUAACCGACCAUGUCAUGCAGCUCUCUUCCGAGAUUUCCCAUGAUGAACUUGAGCCAUUGCGCCGGGCCGGACAGAUCAGAGAUGGCCGCCUCCAACUGGCUCAAAAGCUCAGAGAAAUCGAAGCCAGUGUCCUUGAAAGCGCUGCCAUAGCUUUGGAUGAACAGCAUAUCUCGGAUCGAUGGAAGUUUCCCAAGACAGGCAAGCGUUUCAACCAGCGACCAAUGAAGAAGAGGAUUUCAGUUGACCGAAGCACACCUUACAUCGGCUAUUGUUGA